AUGGCCCCUCUGCCCCUGAGGACUCGCUGUGGCCUGACGCAGCGGCCAGUUCAGCCCCACGGGUGUCAGGUGCGCCUGGGGGCCCCAGCCACCUCCCCCGCGCACACGCCCGCGCCAUGGAUGAGGCCGCGCGAGGGGCCCUCAGCAGGUGUGGAGUCCGGGGCCUUGGACCGCGGAGCUCCCAGAACCGUUGCUUCAUACUCGCGUGUGCACCCACCCUGGAGAGCCGCCCGCGUCCGCAGGGAGACGCCCGGCCCCGCGAGCGCACGCACGGGGGCCCGCAGCCCGCGGGGCAGCAGCCUGGGCGCGCCGCGCCUGCGCGCACGCGCACCCCCCCCCCCCCACCGCGGCGAGCACUCUUUGCGCCGCGCGGCCGGCGGAGGGUUACACGCGACGGGGCGGGGCGCGCGCGGAGGGCGGGGCGUGCGCGGGGCUGGGCGCCCGGGUGUCCCGCGGGAGGCGGCGGCGGCGCCGCCUCAGUCGCGCGCUCCCCGCCGUCAGCGCCGCCGGCUCCGCGCCCCGCGCCCCGCGCCCCGCCGCCGCCCCGGCCCCGCCGCCGCCGCCGCCGCCCCCUGCCCGGCCCGGCCCCGCCGCCCCCUGCCCGGCCCCGCCGCCGCCCCGGCCGCCGCAGCCAUGUCCAAGGAGCCGCGGGCCGGGCGUGAGGAGAUCAUGGAGUGCCGGGUGAUGUGGGAGCCCGACAGCAAGAGGAGCACGCAGAUGGACCGCUUCCGGGCGGUCGCGCGCGCCGCCUGCGGCCUGGCGCUGGAGAAUUACAACGACCUGUACCAUUGGUCCGUGGAGUCGUAUCCCGACUUCUGGGCGGAGUUCUGGAAGUUCAGCGGCUUGUCUUCUCACGCAUUAUGA